CCCAGCUUGCCCGGCGGUAGGAUGUGACUCCCUCUCAAGUAAUGGCCGCUGGCUUUCCCGCGGAACCUCUGCUGUUGAGCUGUACCUCACUGCUAGGAAACGGGAAUUGGAAGGUCUCAAACACCGUCCCGCUUUCUUAGGGCGGUAACGUCGUGCGCUGGUUGGGAAGGGACGGUGCGAGGAGCGGGAGCCACUGUGAACCAUGCUCGUGAGCUGUGGGUCCAUCUGUGAAGAAGCCCAUCUCUGCGGGACCGCGACUGGAGGCUCCGCUGGUGGUGUCUUGUGGGGCAGGCGAAAAACUACACUUCCCAGCAUCCUCGCGGUGCCAGAACUACCUUGCCCGAAAGCCUGAGCGUGAUUCAGCACCCCCGCCCCCCCGCACCACCCCCCCCCCACCCCGCACCCUUUCGCCUCCUCCCGCCAGCUGAAAACCGGAAAUGUGGAGUCGCUGUGUUCGGCGGCUCCUGUGUUCUGAGGGCAAUGAGGGCCGCCGGUUUUCGAGCCUCGGCGGGGUUUUUUCACCGGCCCUGCGGAGAGAUUUCUUCACCACCACAACCAAGGAAGGAUAUGAUAUGAGGCGAGUGGACAUAACUCCUUUAGAACAAAGGAAAUUAACUUUUGAUACCCAUGCACUGGUUCAGGAUUUGGAAACUCAUGGAUUUGACAAAGCACAAGCAGAAACAAUUGUAUCAGCAUUAACUACUUUAUCAAAUAUCAGCCUGGAUAGUAUCUACAAGGAGAUGGUUACUCGAACUCAACAGGAAAUAACAGUACAACAACUAAUGUCUCAUUUGGACUCCAUCAGGAAAGACAUGGUCAUCCUAGAAAAAAGUGAAUUUGCAAAUCUGAGAGCAGAGAAUCAGAAAAUGAAAACUGAAUUGGAACAAGUUAAGCAACAACUGAUCAAUGAAACCAGUCAAAUCAGAGCAGACAAUAAACUGGACAUCAACCUAGAAAGGAGCAGAGUAACUGAUAUGUUUACAGAUCAAGAAAAGAAACUGAUGGAAGCAACCACAGAAUUUACCAGCAAGGAUACCAAAACCAGAAGUAUUAUUUCUGAGACCAGUAAUAAGAUUGACACUGAAAUUGCUUCUUUGAAAACACUGAUGGAGUCUAACAAGCUUGAAACAAUUCGCUACCUUGCAGCCUCAGUGUUUACUUGCCUGGCAAUAGCAUUGGGAUUUUACAGAAUCUGGAAAUAGUUGAGAAACUAUGACAGUAUGCCGCUGCUGCCGCAGACUUGAGAACACUACGCCAGGCUACGUUUACUCUGAACAUGGAAGUUGCAGGAGAUACUCAAUACAGCAAGAUUAUUCAGAGUACAUAUGGACUAAAAAAAUAUUUUUAAGUGGGAAGAUACGCUUUGAGUUGGUGUUUUGUGUGCCUUUAUUUAUUUUAUUAUGUUAAAAAGCUAUCAUUCAAAACCUGAUUGAGAUAAAGAGGCUUUUUGUCUUUACCCUUUUCAUGGUUCAUAGAAACUGAUCCAGAGUUCUCUUGUGUUUGCUUGAACAAAUGUGUAUCAUUUAGGAUUUCUUUGAUGUCUGCUGCAAAUUUAAAAACUACUCCCAAGCCUACAUACUUGUUAUUGUAUUCAGCUUCCCUGGUAACUGCUGCACAGUUACUUUUUCAUAGAAAAUAAAAUCUUGUUCUAACAAAGUUGUUUGGAUUUUCAAGACAACUUACCAUAUAUGGAGACUGGGUUUCUUGGCAGUAAAUUAAAACAAGGAACUUUAAAAUAAUGUGUGCCCUAGUGCAACUGUAGGACACCUGGUGUGAAAUCUUCAAGUUGCUAUGUCUUGAGCUCUGAUUAUUACAUAUACUUAAAAAUUUUUGAAUUUACAAAUACCAGUUUAUCCCUGCUUCUUAGGGGCCCAUCUUAAAUUUAUUACAUAAAAUGAAGAGGUGUUUUUUUUUGUUUUUUUUAAUGAUUCACUUAAAUUCAAUAAAGUUCUACUUGGUGACUAAGUAGACCAAGCAGGAUUAUAUAGGGACCAGUGAAGAGUCAGUAAAAACCCUUUAAUGUAUUUGAAAAACAGAUCAAAGUUUAUAAUUCCCAUUUUUGUCAGUCUUCAAGAAUUUAGAUACAUGAAUAUUUAACAGUAUGUAAUUUUUUUUAAUAUAAAGAAAAAAACCCAAGCAAUGGAAAAAGCAGUGGUCACCAACGCUGAACUUAGUGAUUGUUGUUGUUGAAUAAGAGCUGCCAUUGACUAUACAAGAGGGAAUAUGCUAAAUAAUCUAUAUUAGCUCACCUUUUCUUUUUUCAAAGCAGUCCUCUUAGGUGGGUGGUAAUAUCCUUAUUUUACAGCUAAAAAAAACAAGCUAAAUGAAGUUAAGGUCACCCGGUUGUAACUUCCUACAACCGUGGUUGCCAAGGCUGUACAGCAGACAAGCUACACAGUCGUCAUAUGCCAGGUAGGCUCUUUCUUACUCAGUGCUCUCAUCACCUACAAGUUGAAGCCUGUGUGUCAAGAGAUGGACAGACAACUAAGGCAUGAGGAAAAACAUUUGUACUUACAUCUAACAUCUUCACUCCAAUUUUUGUGUAAAAAACAAUGUGGAAAUAUAUAGAGAUCUAUAUA